AUGCUGCUGCUCGCAGCGGUGCUCCUGGGCAUGCCAGGAGCGCGCGGGCGCCCAGCGGAGGAGGACGAGGAGUUGGUGCUGCCCGCCCUAGAACGCGCCGCAGGACACGAGACCACGCGUCUUAGCCUGGAUGCCUUUGGUCAGCAGCUGCGCUUGGAGCUGCAGCCCGAUCGUGGCUUCCUGGCGCCCGGUUUCACCCUCCAGACCGUGGGACGCAGACGGGGGCCCGAAGCGCGGCUCUCGGACCCCGUAGGCGACCUGGCGCAUUGCUUCUACUCUGGCACAGUGAACGGCGACCCAGGUUCCGCCGCCGCCCUUAGCCUCUGCGAGGGCAUUCGCGGUGCAUUCUACCUGCAGGGCGAGGAGUUCUUCAUCCAGCCUGCGCCCGCAGCCGCCACCGUGCGCCUUGCCCCCCUGGCCACUGGGGAGGAGCCGCCUCAGCGGCCGCAGUUCCACCUCCUACGACGGAGGCGGCGUGGCGGCGGCGGCGCCAAGUGCGGGGUCCUGGACGACGAAACCCUGCCUCCAAGGGGCGCGGAGACCGAGAGAGAGGAUGCAGCGGCUCAGUGGCCGCAACCAGACCCGGAGCCGAUGCGCACAGAACAGCCAACAGGAUCUGGAAGCAUAAGAAAGAAACGUUUUGUGUCCAGCCACCGCUAUGUGGAAACCAUGCUUGUGGCUGACCAAUCAAUGGCAGAGUUCCACGGCAAUGGCCUGAAGCACUACCUUCUCACCUUGUUCUCGGUGGCAUCCAGGUUGUACAAACACCCCAGUAUUCGGAAUUCAAUUAGCCUGGUGGUUGUGAAGAUCCUGGUCAUCUAUGAGGAACAAAAAGGUCCAGAAGUGACCUCUAAUGCUGCUCUCACACUGAGAAACUUCUGCAAUUGGCAAAAGCAGCACAACCCACCUAGUGACCGAGAUGCUGAGCACUAUGACACUGCAAUUCUUUUUACCAGACAGGACCUAUGUGGUGCCCAAACAUGUGACACUUUGGGAAUGGCUGAUGUUGGAACUAUGUGUGAUCCUAGCAGAAGCUGCUCAGUCAUAGAAGAUGACGGUUUACAAGCUGCCUUCACCACAGCCCAUGAAUUAGGCCACGUGUUUAACAUGCCACAUGAUGAUGCAAAGCAGUGUGGCAACAUUAAUGGUGAGAACCGGGAUUCUCACAUGAUGGCGUCAAUGCUCUCCAACCUGGACCGCAGCCAGCCUUGGUCUCCCUGCAGUGCCUACAUGAUUACAUCAUUUCUGGAUAAUGGUCAUGGGGAAUGUUUGAUGGACAAACCCCAGAGUCCCAUACAGCUACCCUCCGAUCUCCCAGGGACCUUGUAUGAUGCCAACCGACAGUGCCAGUUUACAUUUGGGGAGGAAUCCAAGCAUUGCCCUGACGCAGCCAGCACAUGCACAACUUUAUGGUGUACAGGCACCUCUGGUGGGCUGCUAGUGUGCCAAACCAAACACUUUCCUUGGGCAGAUGGGACCAGCUGUGGAGAAGGAAAGUGGUGUGUCGGUGGCAAAUGUGUGAACAAGACAGACAAGAAGCAUUUUGGUACUCCUGUUCAUGGAAGCUGGGGACCCUGGGGGCCAUGGGGAGACUGUUCGAGGACUUGUGGUGGAGGAGUUCAGUAUACAAUGAGAGAAUGUGAAAAUCCAGUCCCAAAGAAUGGAGGAAAGUACUGUGAAGGCAAGAGAGUACGCUACCGGUCCUGUAACAUUGAAGACUGUCCAGAUAAUAAUGGAAAGACCUUCAGGGAGGAGCAAUGUGAGGCACACAAUGACUUUUCCAAAACUUCCUUUGGGAGUGGGCCUGCAGUGGAGUGGACGCCCAAGUAUGCUGGCGUUUCUCCAAAGGACAGGUGCAAGCUCAUCUGUCAAGCCAAAGGCAUUGGCUACUUCUUUGUUUUACAGCCCAAGGUUGUGGAUGGUACUCCAUGUAGCCCCGAUUCCACCUCUGUCUGUGUGCAAGGACAAUGUGUAAAAGCUGGUUGUGAUCGUAUCAUAGACUCCAAAAAGAAAUUUGAUAAAUGUGGUAUUUGUGGUGGAAAUGGAUCUACAUGUAAGAAAAUAUCAGGAUCAGUCACUAGCGCAAAACCUGGGUAUCAUGAUAUUGUCACAAUUCCAACUGGAGCUACAAACAUUGAAGUGAAACAGCGGAAUCAGAGGGGAUCCAGAAACAAUGGAAGUUUUCUUGCCAUCAGAGCUGCUGAUGGCACAUAUAUCCUUAAUGGUGACUUCACCUUGUCCACUUUAGAGCAAGACAUUACAUACAAAGGUAAUGUCUUGAGGUACAGUGGCUCCUCUGCAGUGUUGGAGAGAAUCCUCAGCUUUAGUCCACUCAAAGAACCCUUAACCAUCCAGGUCCUAACCGUGGGCAAUGCCCUUCGACCUAAAAUCAAAUACACUUAUUUCGUGAAGAAGAAGAAGGAAUCUUUUAAUGCUAUCCCUACCUUCUCAGAAUGGGUCAUUGAAGAGUGGGGAGAGUGUUCCAAGUCAUGUGGAUCAGGGUGGCAGCGAAGACUGGUGGAAUGCAGAGACAUUAAUGGGCAGCCCGCUUCAGAGUGUGCCAAGGAAGUGAAGCCAGCCAGCACCAGGCCCUGUGCAGAUGUGCCCUGUCCCCAUUGGCAGCUGGGGGAAUGGUCACCAUGUUCUAAGACUUGUGGGAAGGGUUAUAAAAAGAGAACCUUGAAGUGCUUGUCCAAUGAUGGGGGAGUGUUGGCCCAUGAGAGCUGUGAUCCUUUAAAGAAACCUAAACAUUACAUAGACUUUUGUACAAUGGCAGAAUGCAGUUAAGCAAUAGCAGUGAUGAGGGAAAAGCGAAGUGGGGAAGGGCUGAUAGAUGCACUGAAAUCAAGAAGGCUGAAGGAACCUAAUGUACCUUGCAGGUCGUCAAGGAGUGUCAAUGAAAUGGGAGGUUGGAAGUAGAUUGGAAAGAAGUUAGGUCAUGAAUUUCCUGCCACUUACAAAUAUGAUAGGCUAGUGUAAUGUGAAUUAUUAGAAGAUGAUAACGCCCCAGGGCAUUAUUAUUAUUGCUUUUGUUGCAUUCAUCACAAGUUCAAAAAAAAGAGAACAUUGUCAAA